AUGAAUAAUACAACGGAUAAUGCUGAAUAUGCAGAACAUUCAGAUAAUAUGGUAUUAGUGCAAGAUAUUAGUUCAGACAUAUCAGCAAUUAGCAAUAUGGACAGUUUAAGUCCUGGUGAAAUUUCAUUCCAAUCCUCUAUAUCAUUGCCAAAAGGUGAUUCUAAAAAAGUGCAGAGGAAAAAAAAACUUGAAAGGCUGGGUGGUAGUGUAGUUAAACCUUUUUAUAAAAUAAUAGAAACUAAUGGUGUAGAAUUUUGGGCUUGCUGCCAUAAAAGCUGUCAAAACAUAAAAUAUCAGAAUGAUGGCUUUACAUCAAACCAUUGGCAACAUUUAAGAAGUAGGCAUCAUAUAUCAAAAGCUAUAGUAGAAAGUGGUUAUGUAAAUAUUGUGCCAAAGGAUAGCAAAACUUGUGAAUUCCAAAUAUUAGCAGAAUCAUCACAAAUAACAAUUAUACAAAAGCACGAAUAUAAAGAAUUAGGUUCUUAUAAAUUAGAUAAUGAAUCAGAUACAGAGAGUCUACAAGAUCCAACUGUAUCUGUUAAUAAAAAUAGUAAUGAAGAUAUCUUUUACUGUG